CAGGGGGCAAACACGAUUCCGAAGAGCUAGCGGCCGUGAAUAUUGCACGCCGCGUGGGUCUGGUUCCUCUUUACCCUUGCGACAGGUUACGUGUAUGGCUAUUGUAGCGGAGGCGCCAAACGGACCCUGGUGCAUUCGUGACGGGCGUAGUGCGAUCGAGUUCUAUACCUAGAUACUUAAACGGGUCAGUUCUUCUCGAGAAGUUGCUUCUCACCAACAUACAAACCCUGCUACGACUGCGUGUUCACCCCGCCCCGCAGAGUCUUGUUUGCAACAUGCACAACUCCAUCCUCUUAGCCGCCUGGGCCGGCAUUUCUUUUGUUCUCUACAAGCUCAUCUCCUCGUUUAUCAUCUACCGCCGCCAUGCUGCUAGAGCACGUCAGUUGGGCUGCUUGCCUGCCCAUCCUACUUCGCAGUCUGCAUUCGAUCCCUUGGGACUCCAGAACGUUGCCAAAAUAAUCAAGGCGGACAAACAAUACCGUGUACCGCAAUACUUGAAAGACCGCAUUGAUACUGCCUGUGCGAAAGAAAGCAAAAUUAUCAACACAUUCCAUCAAAAAAUAAUGGGUGUAGAGGGUUACUUCACAAUUGAACCGAGAAACAUCCAGGCUAUACUGGCCACGCAAUUCAAGGACUACGGACUAGGAGAAAGGCGAAACGGCAACUUUUCUCCACUACUCGGCCGUGGCAUCUUUUCUAGCGACGGUGAGCAAUGGGCACAUGCAAGGUCACUACUUCGGCCCCAGUUCGCUCGAGACCAAGUCAGCGAUUUGGACCUCGAAGAAGAACAUAUGAAGAACAUGAUGCGGGUACUACCUACCAACUCAGACGGCUGGACAAAUGUCACGGACCUCAAGCCGCUUUUCUUCCGCCUGACCCUCGACAGCGCCACAGAGUUCCUUUUUGGCGAGAGCGUUGACUCUCAGCUUGCAUCACUACCCGACUACAAGUCCAGUAAGCCCCCAAUGACUGUGAACGAACAUGACUUUGCCACCUCCUUCGACCAGGCGCAGAACACCAUCGCAGCAGCCAGCCGACUUGGAGAGGCCUACUGGCUCGUAUAUGACAAGACGUUUAGAGACCACUGCAAACGCUGCCACGAGUUCAUUGAUCACUACGUCCAAAUCGCGCUAUCGAAGGAGAAGGGCACUACCCAGGAGAAGUCACAUGGCAAGCAGAGAUACGUCUUCCUCGAUGCACUUGCAGAGUCGACCCGCAACCCCAUCGAGCUUCGCGAACACCUGAUAUCAAUUCUACUAGCCGGUCGUGACACCACCGCAUCGCUACUGUCAUACGUCUUCAUGCUCCUCUCAGAGCACAAGGAUGUCUACAAGGCCCUGCGCAGCGUCGUCUUGGAGACUUUCGGCACCUAUUCCAACCCCAAAGACAUAACAUUCGAGUCGCUGAAGUCGUGCAACUAUCUGCAGUGGGUUUUGAAUGAGACUCUGCGUCUUUACCCAGUAGUCCCUAUCGACGGCCGCCGCGCCCUCAAAGAUUCUACCCUGCCCGUGGGCGGCGGUCCAGACGGCACAGCACCCCUAUACGUGAAGGAGGGAAUGCAAAUAGACUACAGUGUAUACGUCAUGCACCGUCGUGCUGAUCUGUGGGGCCCUGACGCUGAGGAAUUCCGACCCGAGCGCUGGAAUGGAAGGAAGAGUGGGUGGGAGUAUCUUCCUUUCAACGGCGGCCCAAGGAUUUGCAUCGGACAGCAAUUUGCCCUGACAGAAGCCGGAUACGUCGUUGUAAGGUUGAUGCAGAGAUUUGAGGCCAUCGAGGGGGUUGGCAACACUUGGGAGCCAACGGAGAAGGGUGGCAUGGGAUAUGUUAGGAACGGGCUGAGCUUAACGACUUGCCCCGCGGAUGGUGUUAAGCUAAGGUUGAAGGAAGCCAAGGAGUAAACCGGCUGUACAUAAGUUCUUGACUUUAGUUAUGAGACUCUAUUCUUCCAUUCCUCUGUUGAACGCGGUGACGAAACUGCACUAAGUAUCCUGAUGCUUCUGAAGUUGAGCAAGUAUAAGAUCAUCUGGUAGUGUAUUGCGUUGCGGCCGACUGCAAUGCCCACCUAGGCCAUUGUAGUAUUCAUUGUCGAAAGCUUCGUGUCAGGAUAAAUGAAUCCAAG